GCGGCGCAAGCAAAACUGCCUUGCCUCGUUCUAUCGAUUUCGAUCUCUUCACGUUGGUGGUGUGCGGUGCCGUUUGGCCCUCUCAUCACUGUCUUCGCUAUUGUUAUGCAGGAAGCGAUUUCUUCGCUCUUUUUCUUCUUCUUUGUGAUAGGAGGUUGCAGAUGCGUCUGUCUACGAGGGAGGUGAACGUCCAGGGGCGGUUGAGCAAGUCCCCCACACAGCUGGACUGGAAUGCGCUGUCUUCCUCGGCUGACGCAUGGCCGCCGCUGCUGCCGAGUUUCAGCAGGGAGACCGCCGAUGCGUCGGAUCGCUUUGUGCAGGGCUUCAUCUGCAAGCGCAUUGAAUUCCGCUGCGGCCAGCUCCCCUCCACCGCGUACACGGAGUCCUUCCUGCCGCAGUGGAUCACCAUGGCGGAGCACCGCACCGACGUCAUGGAGGACUUCUUCGCCCAACAAGGGACGCGACUGGACGAGGAGACGUUUCAGCGCGUCUUUGGCGCCUUUGAACGGCUGCAGAGCGCCUUGCGCGACGCCCGGCAGGAGCGCGGGGACGUUGACGAGCACCUCCACGACAAAAAAAUCACGUUUGCGCGGCCCGUGGCGCACCGCCUCAUUCGUCGCUCCCGCGACCGCUUUUCACUGCGCAGCGUCGCGGAUGCUGAUGACAGCAUGGAGAGCGCGCGUCUGUCGUCCUCUACGCGAACGGUCGACGUGGGCGGCACGUUGCGAAGCUCGCUACAGCGGCCAAGCCUCUCGCCGAUACCGCUGGACAGACCGGUGAAGGUGCCAAACGCAGCGGAGGAGGAGGAGUACACCACCGUGCUGCCUGUGGAGGAGAACCCCGACGGUGAUCAUUUUACCGGACGCGCCAGCGGCGUGUAUUAUGGCGAUGUCUUCCACUCCGCCCGCAGCUCCGCCAACAGCAUCGAGGACGAUUCCGGCCCCUCCUUCACAGCUCCCGCUGCCUUUGUUCACAUGGAGAAAGAAGAAGCAGUCGCCGAGGAGCAGAGCGCUGUCGCGACGGAUAGUCGAGGAUCGGAAGCGUUACGCCUUUUAGUGGAGCUGCACCGAGGUCCGACCUUGCACUCCGCCGCGUGGCGGCGCUGCUGGAUUUUGUUCUUCUACUACGCGCUCCUUCCCACUCUUGCCGUCUUGUAUUUCUUUGGUGGUGGCCUGAAGCCAACUCUUCUGUCGGAGCCCAAGUGA